AUGAUUCUCCAGAGAGGAGUCAAGUCCUCGAGGUCGUGAAUUGCGUCGAUGUUGCGACGAGAUCGAUCGAUCGAACUCUUUGGAGGUUUUGACGAGGUUUGAUCGCUAGCGUCAGCGAUUUGCAUGGAAAGGAAGCAGCGGGAAAGGUCUAGGGGAAGAGCGAAUGUGAUGUUCCUCGUGUGCGGCAGGAGCAAAUUGUGGAGAUGAGUGGAAACAUGGCAGAGCACGAAGUGGAGGAGGGAUGGCGAGGAAGUCCUGUGUCGGGCAGUAAUGAAGUAGGCAAUGCAGCUGCAUCCGUGCAGUGGGUGACUGUAGAUGGGCCGAUCGGAGUACAGCAAGAAGAGGCGCUGAAGCUGGCUCGCAAUUUCUUCUACGCAGGGUUCUGCCUUUUGCCCUGGCUGUGGUUUGUCAAUUGCUUCUACUUUUGGCCCGUUCUUCGGCAACGGCAAUCGGAUCCUCUUAUCCGCCCAUAUGUCUUGUGGUCUGGAGUUGGAUGUCUUACGAUGACAAGCGUCCUGCUGGCCUGGUCCCUUACGUUUGCCAUCGGCGGUGAGAACAUUUUUGGAGCCGCAUGGAAGCACUUUGCUGUAUAUGACCUCGCCGACAAGUACGCAAUGGGAUUUGCGUAGAGUGGAAGUUUUGCAUCACCCGUUUCACAUUCACUUUUGAAAUCAGACAAAAUACAGGCCGAAAUUUCUCUGUUUUCUGUACAUAAUUGCUUCACAGACGUAACAAACGCAGCUCCUCUGAAUCAGAAAGAUUAGUUAGAUGGUGACUUUCAGUCUCAUUGAGUUUCUAGGUUUUCCUUUUUAUUUAAGAGGUAUGUGUAGGAGCACAAUCCUCUGAAAGAUCUGUUUUGACGGAUUUCGCAUUUCAUCAAGUGCCCUUGAUUCUCUGCCUCACUGUCUAUAGAUUCGAAUAUUUAGCUGCAAUGACGUGACUGCAAAGCGAGGAAGCAGCACUGCCCAGGGCCUAAUGAAAUUGGAUAAAUUUCUCUCUGGCUGCUCCUUGUAUGCUUUUCCGGCCUAGCCAUUUUUGUCCACUUUCUGUGAAGCAGGUGUGUCAGGCGAGCAAACAAGUCUUCGUUUGAUGGAUGGAAGACGACUAAAGGUUCUGCUAGCCUAUCUCAUUCUUCCUCGACAAAGUGGGAAGGCGGUUCUGAAUGUUCUGCAGUAUACUUCUCAAAGAAGGAGGGUGUUAUCCUCCGUGCGAUGGUUUAAAUAUGGUGUGCUCGUGUUUUAAGCCCGUUACUGAAUAUUAUGCUUCUUUAGCACGCAAUUGUUGAGCUGCUCUUGAACGAUGGACAGUAUGCAUGUUCCUGAGAAACAUCAUCUGCUCGAUUCUUCCGGUGUUUUUAACGUGGUAAUGCGACCAGGUAAUGGUGUCAGGAGUCCGCCCUACUGUAUUUAUGGCAGAUGUUGUGGGAUGAUCUAUCACGCCGACUUCAUGUGCCUCAGCAGCUAUGAGUACCGUAACCUACCUAUUUGGUUUUGAUGUGGUAACGGGAAUUUUAGACCGUCUGUCCUUGUCAUUCGCUGCUUCAUGACUCUUCGCGCUAUACGCCAAUGUGCAUACAGACAGUGAAAUAUGUGCUAUGCAAACAAAUAGAGCAAAAGUGAAAAACACUUUUUGCUCUUCAAGAGCGUUCUCUCAUCAGUUACCGAGAGAAUUUUGUUGAUGUUAGCUGGAACGGAAAUUGCAGAUAGUAUUUGGAACCGGAAUUGGUCUUCGUUUUAACAAUGAUGUCCUUUUCCUGAUCUUUCAUGAUUGUCGUGAACGCAUCCUUCUCCAGAUCGUUGCAAGGUUGUUCAUGAAGCAUCUAGUUCGUCAAUCAUUCUUCAGGUAAUACAUGUUCUCCGUUACUUCCCCGUUCUUAUACCUUUCUAUAAUAUUAAAACAUCCGACCAUUAGUAAAUGGACUGCUAGUUAGCACCUAAGACAUGUCAGUGUUUUUUCACAGUAUACGCACUGUAACUAACACAGGUGGAUGAUGAGGCUAUACUUUGCUUUGACUUGCUGUCGUG